GGCCCUAGGGAGCCGCGCGGGCAGGCGGGGACGCGCUCCAAGCCAUGGAGGAGAUACCUGUCUUGGGCCUGGGCACCUGGAAGGCGGCUCCAGGGGAGGUAACAGAGGCUGUAAAAGUGGCGAUAGACGUGGGCUACCGGCACUUGGACUGCGCCUAUGUGUACCACAACGAGAAUGAGGUCGGAGUGGGAAUCCAGUCCAAGAUCAAGGAGGGCGCAGUGAGACGGGAGAACCUGUUUAUUGUCAGCAAGCUCUGGUGCACCUGCCAUAAGAAGUCCCUGGUGAAAGCAGCCUGCACCCGGAGUCUGAAGACCUUGAAGCUGGACUACUUGGACCUCUACCUCAUGCAUUGGCCCAUGGGCUUUAAGUCCGGAGAGGCAGACUUGCCGGUGGACCACAAUGGCAUGAUCAUCCCCAGCGACACGGACUUCCUGAACACGUGGGAGGCCAUGGAGAACCUGGUGGCCGCAGGCCUAGUGAGAGCCAUCGGGGUGUCAAACUUCAACCAUCAGCAGCUCGAGAGACUUCUGAAUAAACCCAACUUGAGGUUCAAGCCGGUGACCAACCAGAUCGAGUGCCACCCGUAUCUCACUCAGAAGAACCUGAUCAGUUUCUGCCAAUCGAGAAACGUGUCCGUGACAGCUUACCUGCCCUUUGGUGGCUCCAGUGGGGGGAUGCACCUGAUGGAAGACCCUACUAUCCAGACGAUCGCUCAGAAGCACAGGAAGUCCGCAGCCCAGAUUUUGAUCCGAUUUCAGAUCCAGAGAAACGUAAGAGUGAUUCCCAAAUCUGUCAACCCAAAGCGGAUUCUUGAGAACUUCCAGGAAAGUGUGUUUGAUUUUGAAUUAUCAGAAGAGGAUAUGACUGACCUCCUCGGCCUGGACAGGAAUCUCCGUUUGUCCACGUUCCCCAUAACUGAAAAUCACAAGGACUAUCCCUUCAGAGCAGAGUUCUGAGGAUCCUGCUCAGCCCAGAUGAAUCCUUGCCAACGCAGGGCAGCCCUGGACAGGGCAGGGGACACAGAUUGAUUUGGGUGGGCUCCCUGAGAAGUCCCAAGAACUGAAUAUGGUCUGUUCCUGAAGGUGGAGGCUUCAUGAGAGCAGCGAUCACUCUCCACCAAGACCCAUUCAGGUUUUAGAA